GUUUUCGGACUAUGCACGGAAGAGAGCUGCCUUGAAGAAGGCUCGUGAAGCGGCCCAAUCGAGGAGCUCACGAAGACUAGCUAGGACCUUUGAAUACGAUGAGUUCGAUGAAGAGGAAGCGGAAGAGGAGGUGGUCACGGACGACGAGGAGCUGGUGGAUGUGGACUCGGAGGAGGAGGAUCGACCGAUGUUUGGAGAUUUGGAGAUGCGCCCGGACGCAGGCAGAUCGAUGCCUUUGACCUAA